GAAAAAAAAGCCCAUGGAACAGUGAGAAGAUCCACGGAGCAACGACGAAGACGACUUCCGUGAAUUCUUUUUCGUCAUUCUGUGGUCACGACACACACACACACACACCGUGGUUACCGUGGAAACGUGGAUUUAUUUAACUGCUCCCUGGAAACGGGAAAACGAGGCGUGAAAAGUGGCAGAAGAGAAGACGCUCUGACCUCUGAUAAACAUUUAAACGGCGGCUUCAUGUCAGUCCGAGUUUCAUCCAUGAGUGUUCUUCCUCCUGUGCGAAGAGACCGGAUCAUCGCUCAGCUUCCUCCGUGUUUCAGGAAAGAAGCUGCCCUCCACACUAAAAAUGACUUUAACAACAAAGUGAGAACAGCCUGUCAGGAGCAGCGCACUGGCACCGUGGGUAGAUUUAAAAUCUCUAAGGUCAUCGUUGUGGGCGACCUGGCCGUCGGGAAAACCUGUCUCAUCAACAGAUUUUGCAAAGAUGUUUUUGAUAAAAAUUACAAGGCCACGAUUGGCGUGGACUUUGAGAUGGAGCGGUUCGAGGUGUUGGGUGUUCCCUUCAGUCUACAGCUGUGGGACACUGCAGGUCAAGAGAGGUUCAAGUGCAUCGCAUCUACGUAUUACAGAGGAGCCCAGGUUGUGAUCAUCGCGUUUGACGUAAAUGACGUUGCCUCUUUGAGUCAUGUGCGGCAGUGGCUGGAAGACGCGUUGAAAGAGAACGACCCCACCGCUGUUCAGCUGUUCCUCGUCGGCACAAAGAAAGACCUGAGUUCUCCGGCUCAGUAUUCUCAGAUGGAACAGGACGCUCUCAGAAUGGCACAGGAGAUCAGCGCAGAGUACUGGGCCGUGUCGUCACUCACAGGGGAAAAUGUGAAAGAGUUCUUCUUCCGCGUGGCAUCGCUGGCGUUUGAGAUCAAUGUUCUGGCCGAGUUGGAGAAAAGUGGCUUGAGGCAAAUUGGAGACGUCGUCAGAAUUAACAGCAACUCAAACAACCUGUAUGCCACGUCCAAGAAGAAGAAGCAGCACGACUGCUGCCAGUGAGGACGAGAGCGCUAGGCUCAUGAAAGGUACGGACUGAGAAUGUGACUGAGCUCAGUGGAGGGAUAUCUGUGGUCAGAAAGUUUCCCUUCCUUGAGGUCUUUUUAAAUUCAGUUUUUUUCCCCCUGUGGACGUGGACUGAGUUUUCCCCUCCGUGGGAUGUGGAUUCCUGUGGUCGUGUGUGGAAUUACAGAGUUGACACAGAAAUGACCACCUCUCUCCUGAGAUGCCAAAGAAAGAGUGUGGAUGUUUUUUUUAACACGGUUAAUAUACUGUAAACUGCCUAUAGUCACAUACUGCAGUAUUUUGUUGAACCCAACCUUAGUUCCCAGUAUUUUAUGCCCAUAAUUUUCGUCUCAAGCUCCAAAAAGAUAUGACGGGGUCACACCCUGGACAGUUUGCCCGUCCAUUACAGGGCCACAUAUAUAGAGACAAACAACCAUUGACUCUAACACUCACGCCUAAGGUCCAUUUAGAGCAGGGGUGUCAAACUCAUUUUAGUUCAGAGGCCACAAACGGCAC